UCCAUUAUUUCUCUGGUGUUGUAUGUGAUUAGAUUGAAGCACAAAGACAUUAAAAGUUUGUUUGUCCUGUCUGUCCCCCUAAUGAUAAAAGUUCAGCUCUGUAGGGCAUUAUGGGUAAACAAGUUGGCUGUGAUAAUAAUGUGACAGGAUACAGCUAAUAAGCUUCAUGUGUUAAGCAGGUGAGAGCUGGUAUUAACACCUUUGAUUGGUCAGACUCCUAUGAGAGUCACUCCAAAGAAAUGGAGGACUGUUAACAAGUCUCUUGGGUCCAAGACACAAAGCAUCAUUAGUGAGGUAUGUGUGACUGGCAGCUGUGGAUCUGAAGGCCAUAUAGAUAUUUUCUAUGAUGAUAUUUGCAAAAAUCUCAAGAAUGGUUUAAAUGUAUAACAAAAGUGUUAAACAGAGCUUUACAACCUCUUCUAAAGGUUAAGAGAUAAACAGGUCAUUGCAGAAGUUUACUUACUGUAGGCCUUAAGCAAUUUAAAGACAGAUUAAAAGGACCUUAGUCUCAUAUUGUAAAGGCCAAUUCACACUGCACUGUCAGACGUCACCAGAUGGUUACAGGCACAUCAUUGGUUUUUGUUGGAUCAGUGUGUUACCCCGUUGCCGUUUUGGUUGGUGCCUGUUUUCACUGAUUGAAAAUGUUGAAUGUGCAUUUCUCAGGUCGUGUAAUGUCAGAGAAAUAACUGGCCGUCUGUCUGUGUUUUUUGAAGUUGCAAAAAAUAAAUAAAUAAACAAAUAAAGAUGACUAGAGUAUGUUUGUAGUAUAUAGGCUACUAUUCCAUUUUUUAUACUUCAAAAUUUCAUGUUUAAUCCAGCGUGUUACUUGCCGUUUCUUUAAUUAGUGAAAUUUACCAGCAAUUUCUGAUUGAAAAUUGUUUAUCAAAGUAAAUUUACACCAAUUUAAAAAGCUAUGGGGUCACUAAAGUGUUAUGGGAGGUUGCUACCUGGUUGAUUAUGUUUAAGUUGAUUAUGUUUAAGCAGUUGCUAAAUUAAGAUUUGAAUUGGUUGAAUUGGUUUUGGCCAAAUUUUUUAUGUCUGUGCAUCCCUAGUUGCUAAUAUUCUACUUUUAAUAAUGUAAUGAUGUUUUUUUUCCCCCACAUUAUGGGGUCUGAUUGUUUGUUUGUUUGUUUUUUUUUUUGUUUUUUUUGUUUUUUAUAAUCUCCAGAGUUCAUGAUGUUUUUGUUACCAUAGGUUAAAUUGACAGGUGUAGGAGGGUUAUUUCGAAUAUGAGAGUAUAUAUGAGCACAGCUGAGCUGCUCUGAGUCCAUCGAUGGAGUUAAAUUGGAUGGGCAUGUACUAUUUAUAUGUUUAUCUAACUGUGAAUACUAGUCUUUACCAAUCUGUAAUUCAUGAAAUUGUUCUUUUUAUACUUAUGUGUUUAUAAUUGUCAGCCUUUUUACGAUUACUAAGAAAAUCUUGCAACUGGGGCAAAUGUGAUGACUUCAAAUGCGACUGACACUGAAAAUAUAUUUCUCUGCUAUCCACUCUUGCUGGACUCCUGUCCGAAAUUGCAACAUCUUACUGUAGUUAAAGUGGCAAUGUAUGUUUUCAUGGUGCUGAUGAUCCUCACAACAGUUUUUGGGAAUCUGCUGAUCAUCAUCUCCAUCUCUCACUUCAAACAUCUACAGUCUCCAACUCAUCUGAUCGUUCGCUCUCUGGCUGCCAGUGAUUGUCUGCUGGGCUCUUUGGUCAUGCCGUACAGCAUGGUGCGAUCUGUUGAAGGCUGCUGGUAUCUGGGAGAUUUUGUGUGUAAAGUGCAUUCUAGUUUAGACAUGACCUUCUGUAUCUCUUCCAUACUUCAUCUUGGUUUAAUAUCUGUUGACAGGUACUGGGCCAUUUGUGAUCCUUUAAGGUACAAAAUGAGGGUCACAAACAACACUGUGACUGUAUUUACGACCUUCACAUGGGUGUUUGCAUUUCUCUACAGCUUUUAUAUUGUGUUUUCAGGGGUGAACAAAAUAGGCCUGGAGUCGUUUAUCAUGCAGGUUUACUGUGUGGGAAGUUGCGUUCUGUUUUUUAACAAACAGUGGGGUAUUAUAUGUCCAAUUCUCACAUUCUUCCUUCCCGGAACAAUCAUGAGCUCUCUGUAUAUGAAAAUCUUCCGUGUUGCAAAAAAACAUGCAAAGGUUAUGUCUGAAAGAGCAACAGGAGGGUUGAAGAGCAAAAGCUCUGCACACAGAGAGAGAAAAGCAGCUAAAACUCUGGCCAUUGUCAUGGGUGUUUUUUAUCUCUGCUGGCUGCCUAUUUUUAUUGCUACUAUCAUUGACUCCUGUCUUAAUUUUGUGACUCCAGCCAGUAUCUUUGAUGCUUUGGUUUGGUUUGGAUACUUUAACUCCACUUGUAAUCCACUGAUAUAUGGUUUUUUCUACUCUCGUUUUCAGAAGGCCUUUAUGAUUCUCAUAUCAUCCUGUUUUUAUGGCUUCAGUGACUCAAGCACCUUGACAUUUGAAUGAAUAUGUUAAUCAUUUUACAUCAGGAUAUCAUGUUAUGCUUCACAAUAAAGAUUUUCUUUCUCUUAUUAACCUACAUGCUUUUAUACGCUAGUUUAUGCGUGCUGAAGUGAUUUAUUUUAAGAUAUUGUGGACAAUAUGAUAAAAUGUAAAUACAAUUUUAGAAUAAUUAAAAUAAACUGAUCAAGGAUUAGUUCUAUAUCGAAGAACCUCUUAAAUUGAUUGAAAGUUGUGAUCUUAUUCUUUAAUAUCCCUUAAGUUAGAAAUGCAACAGUCACUCUUAACCUAAACUGUUGCAAGGUUAUGCAAGUUUAAGCUAAUUUAGAAAUGAAGUAGAAAAAGAAAUAAUGUUUGUAUAUAUAAAUAAUGAUGUACAAAUGCAAAAAUAUUGAUCACAUAUGCAUGUUUUUACAUUAAAACAAUCCCUUUAGAAGAACAUCUGUGUCCUAGUGUGCAUUUGUUUUACUUUUGAUUUUGUAGAGAACUAGAUCAAAUGUGUAGGUGUAUUUAAAAACUGUAUUCUUCAAUAUUGUAUACACAAAUGUAUGCAUGCACAG